AUGCCACAGUCCACAAGCCAUUCAUCACCACCCUCCGAGGGAGUCGACGCGGACAAUCCCAAACUCGACCCGUCUUGCAAGGUCGACCAAUCCGCCCCAGACAACAGGGUUGACAUGUCGACCUUCGAACCGACCGCUCCCGCCCCCAGCGCCGGCAAUGCCCAUGUGUUCUUCCACCUCGGACACACCGGCCACGAGGUCGCGCCGAGGCGGUUCCCGGCAUGCGUCUCGGCCGGGAAGGGCGUCGUCGUCCGAGAAGGCCACCUGCACGGCGCAUGGACGUGUGUGCGGCGUUUCCAAAACGACGCGUCGACGGACCGCUGCUGCUUCGGCGACGACGGCAGAGCACCACGAACCAUCACGUUCCCUGCAUACCCAAGCACCGGCACGCCCGCCCACGAGAUCCGGAUCGUGGGCUGUCGCUUGGUCGAGUUCUCGGUCCUUCGCGCCGACGCAAACGCCGACGCCGACGCUGAACCCGAACCAGCGCGCUUCGUCAGGCUCAAGGUCAAGGCGCUGGUCGCGGCGGCGAACGACGAGUUUGGUGCCCGGGGCGGGACCGAGGGCGUCCCCAUCUGGAUCGGCGUCGACGACUCCCCUGACAACAUCUUCCGCGCUGUGCCAGGACAAGAGGGGGCGUGGGAGGUGAGGUGUGAUGGGGGAGAGGUCGUGAGGUUCUAG